AUGUUGUUAGUGCGGGUUUUGAUCGACAAAGUCAACGACCCGUCCCGUCUUGAUGCGAUCUUGUGCCAAACCCCUGUGAAAGACGGGGCGAAGGACUGGAACUGCGUGGCGUGGCUGAAGGAUGCUUUGGAGCUUGUGGGCAAGGACAAAGCUGCUCUCGGAACAAGCGUCAUUGCAUGGGAUACUGUUCGGAAAGCAGCCAUGGAGUACUGCAACCAGAAGAAAUCGGCCGGACGGUUCUCUACACGGUAUGAUCUAGAGAAGAUUCCAACCUACGACCUUCUGGAGCGCAAAGAGAUAAGUUCUUGA